AAUAAUUCAUAAGGUAAAUGUUAUUAUCCGCUUGAGGUUAUCGUAUUAAUGAUAAAUUGUUGCAAUUGUCUUUUCAUGUUGUUUUUCUGUCUUUCACUAAGCAGAAAACAUGAAAUGUGAAAAUAACUUGAGUAUAAAAAGAGAUCCGAAACCGAAAUUAUCUCAUAAGUCGUCAUCAUUAUUGAAUCAACAAUUUGAUCUUUAUAGUUAAUCAGAAUGAAAUUUUUUAUCGCAAUUUGUGUCCUUUCAUGGGCUAUGGUAGCUUCAGCCCAUUAUGGAGCUGGAAUCGGAGCAGGUAUCGGCUCAUAUGAAAGACCUGGUUUUGAAGCAUCUGGUAUUGGAGCUGGAAUCGGAGGUGGAGAUCGUCGAGUUGGAGUCGGAGCUGGUCUUGUUAAUACUGAUAAUUUUGAAGGAGUUGGAGUAGGUUUUGGUGGUGGAAACCGUGGUCGAGGUCGAGGAGGAGUUGGUGUUGGUGUUGGAGUUACCAAGAAUGAAAAUGGUGAUGCUGAUGGUGUUGCCAUUAAGUUCGGUUCCGGUGGUAGAGGCUCACGAGGUAAUGGAGGUGGUAUCUUAGGUGCUGCUUCUUCAAUCUUGGGUGGAAUUGGUUCCAUUGGUGCUGGUGCUAUCCGUGGUGUAUUCGGUGGUGGUGAUGGUGGAAGAGACCGAGUCGUUGAAGUUGAAAGACGACCUCAACCACAGGUUAUUUACGUUGAACGAGAGAGACAAGCACAACCUCAACCUCAAGUUAUUUACGUUGACCGAAACCAAGGUAAUCAAGGAUCAGGCUCUGGUUCAGGCUCCAAUGGACAAGGUUAUGUAAACCAACAACGAGGUGAUGGCGAAGGUUCAUCCAAUGGUCAAUCAAACCUUGGCGGUGGUUACGGUGGCUCUGCCAACUCAGGAUCAUCAGCUAAUGUUCAAGCCAAUGGCGGUGGCCAUGGUGGUUACAGUGGCUCUGCCGAUUCAGGAUCAUCAGCUAAUCUUCAAUCCAAUGGAAAUGGUUAUGGAUCUGGUUCAGCCAACUCCAACUCUCAAGCCGGUCUUAAUUUCAACGGUUUUGGUGGAGGUAACCUUAGAGCAUCUGCCUCAUCUAACGCCAAUGUUGGUUUCGGAUAUUAAUACAAUUAAAUCGUUUGUAGAUAAUACUUAUGAUAUAAUUGUCCAAUAAAAUUUAUUAUUUUUCCAUAAA